AGGAAGUGUUUGUCAAAUUAAAUAAAAAAAAUUCUUCUUUUUUCUUUUGGUGUGUGUCUGUGUGUGUUGUUGAAACUCAUCUUCUCCCAUUUUCCACCCUUUGCUCUCCCCCUCUCUCCUUUAUUCUCCCUCUCACGUCCUGAGUCUUGACUGAAUGAGUCGUGUCCAUCCUUUUCUGGGCCACUGUCAUAUUCCUUGCAGGUGAUCCUCCAGCUCCUUAUGUACAUUCAUUUAGCCUCAAAAAGCCAAUUGAUAAUGUGCUGUUGUCAUCGAAGAGCAAUCUCGAAUGCUACACGAUUUGUAUGGACGAGGGAUUAUCCGGAUUGUACGACCGAUGCCGGGAAUUCGUGGAGAAAUUAGGCAGAUUGUGCAGGCAACAGGAAGGCGGCCCUCGCCAGGUUGGUCGACUAGUGCUGCAUUCACUGGGAGCUCUGUACUCUGAAGCUCAUGAGUGGGAGAUUCUUCGCUUUCUCCAUGCUCUGAAGGGCCUGCUACGCACUUGGCAGAACGUUGCAGCCAUUAUUAGUUUCCCUAGGGAUAUUCAUUGCCGGAUGUUCUGUGCAAAAGUCCAGCACUGUGCAGACACAUUGCUGUCGAUCGAGGGUAUCAACGAAGACGAUCAGGAGCUCGCUGGAGUCUUCACGGACUUUCAGGAGGUGCUGGCAUUUUUCAGAAUCCAUAAGGUCCCAGCCAUCAACACGCAGGUGAGUCGAGUGACUGGAACCCGGGCCUAUCUGAAAGGGUUCCAGUGCCCAGAGCAGCAAAAGGUGGCUACUGUUGUGGGUCUGCUGGAGGGGCCAGCCCAGAAAUGGGCUACCUCUACAGCAAUUGCCCAGCAGCAGACAUUGGAGGACUGGGCAUUGGCACUGGGGGCUGACAAACUUUUGCAGGCCCUGGAAGAUCGCUUUGCAGACAAAGAGAGAGCACGCAAGGCUGCUGACCGGAUCGUACGCCUGGGCCAGCAGCGAUAUAGCGGCAGUCUUCAGGCGCUGUUCACUGAGUUUGAACAGCUGACUUCCACCCUUGGAUUGGUUAUGUUUGCAGACGAUUUGUUGACUAACUUUUGCAGGGCUGUGCCUGAAAAGUUUUGUGUUGCUUUGUAUAGCGUCGGGCACAAAGACUGGCGCUCAUUUGGACGUGCAGCACUGGACAUGGAAGCCAAGCUUCAUGUCCAGGCCCCCUCCAGUGACAGGAGGAGAGGCGCCUUCCCUCGCGGUGGUAGAAAGGGAAAGGCGGCCUUUACCUAUGCGGGUUCUGGGACAUCAUCUGAUGCAGGAUCCCGGCCUGGUACACCGCCAGGUGGGACUGCACCAGCUGCUGCUUCAGAUGUUGCAGCAGUUGUCCAGCAGCUGCAGGCUGCGCUGGGGGCCUUCCAAAAGGCCGGAUCUGCCUCCAGCACAGCCUCCAGCAGCAAGGGGAAGAGCCAGGGACGUCGCUCUUCAACCCCUGCCGGGCGCCCUAAUCUGCCACGCGACGUCCACUUCCCAGCAGACCCUCUGAACCCCAACACUCUCCCAUGGCACGAUCUGAAGAUCCAGGAGGGAGUGUGGAGGAAGAGGAAGGAGAGAGGUGUCUGCUUGAGCUCAGUCAAAAAACUGAAGCUGAACCUGGAGACAGCAGUUCCCUCCAGUGCUGCAACUGCGUCAGCAGCUGCAGCAGCUUCAGUUGAGACUUCCUCCUUCCCAUCCAGCGUGGGAGCUGCGCGAGCAACAUCCUUAACCUAUGAGGAUCCUGACCCGGAUCAGGAACCGGACCAGUCUGAGUGUCAGGCUCUUGCUGCUUUCUUCUUUCACUUGAAAGAGCAAAAGCAGAACAAGUCUGAUCUCAUCCUGCUUCGGCCCCUGAUCAACCAUCGCAGGAUCAAAGGGCUAUUAGACUGUGGAGCCACUCGCAACUUCAUGUCUCCCAGUGCAGUCCAAAAACUGCAUCUGGGCAUGAAAGUGGUGCAGCUGCAGCAACCGCUGCAGGUCCGCAUAGGGGACUCCACUGUCCUAACUAUCAAGGAGAAGGUCAGGGGCAUCCCUGUUACCUUCGACAGCGCAGGAGAAGUCAGACACAGUCUGAACUUCUACAUCUUCCCUGACCUACCCUUUGACCUUGUGUUCUCUAUGCAGUGGCUGAGAGCAGUCAACCCAAGGAUUGACUGGCAGAUCCCCAAGGUUGAACUGCCAAACAGCAAGGGGGUGUAUCAGCCUUGCAUGAUUGCAGCUGAUCACCACCCUCAGACUUCCUGCUUCUGCUUGAGAGCGAGAGAGUUCUACGCUCUCUCUCGCCAGUAUGACCAUGAGCGUCUGUUUAUAGCUCUGGUCAAGCAGACAGACGUUCCCUCUAUUCCCUGUCCUCCUGAGAUACAACAGGUUGUGGACCAGUACGCUGAUCUGAUGCAGGAGCCCUUUGGGUUACCCAACCGGCCAACCAAGCAUCACAUUGAGCUGCUGUCUGGAGCGGUCCCUCCCAAGGGCCGCAUCUACAGGAUGUCACCUGCUGAGCUCGAGGAGCUCAGGCGACAGCUUGAGACCCUGACCAGCAAGGGUUGGAUCAGGCCCAACACUUCUGAAUUCGGUGCCCCAGUCCUCUUUGUUCCAAAGGGGAGUGGCGAGUUCCGAAUGUGCAUCGACUACAGGGGUCUCAACAAGAUCACUAGGAAGAGUACCGAGCCACUUCCUAGGAUCGAUGACCUUCUGGAUAUGGUCCAAGGCUGCACCAUUUUCAGCAAAGUCGACCUCAAAUCUGGUUAUCACCAGAUUGAGAUGGCAGAGGAGGACGUCCACAAGACGGCCUUCAAAACCAGGUAUGGUACUUAUGAGUACCUGGUGAUGCCAUUUGGACUUUGCAAUGCACCUAGCACAUUCCAGACUGAGAUGCACCGCAUAUUCAGGCCGUACCUGGACAAGUUCAUGGUUGUUGACCUGGAUGAUAUCCUGGUAUUCAGUAGGACUGUCAGGGAACAUGCGGAGCACCUGGCUCUGGUCCUUCAGUCAUUACGUGACAGCCAGUAUAAGAUCAACAGGGAGAAGUCCUCUUUUGGAGUUCCCUCUGUUAUCUAUCUGGGUCAUGUGAUCUCUGGAGAUGGUUUGGCCCCUGAAGCAGCCAAGGUUGCUGCUAUUCAGGAUUGGCCACAGCCUCAGACAGUGAGAGAUGUCCGGUCAUUCUUGGGUCUGGCCUCCUACUACAGAAAGUUCGUCAGGAACUUUUCUGCAGUGGCGGCGCCCCUGACUAACCUCACAAAGAAAGACACUCCCUUUCUUUGGUCUCUCCACUGUCAGAUGGCCUUUGCACGACUCAAACAGGCCUUGACUCGUGCGCCUGUUCUGAAGUUGCCUGACCCCACUCUACCAUUUGUUCUCACCACUGACGCCAGUCAGUAUGGCCUUGGGCCGGUCCUUCAGCAGGAUGAUGGUAAUGGUCUGAGACGUGUAGAGUUUAUGAGUAAGAUGAUCAAAACUCAGAAGCUUCAGGACUCUACCUACGAGAAAGAGCUCUAUGCUCUUGUCAGUGCCCUGAAAUAUUGGAAGCACUUUCUCCUGGGCAGGCACUUCAAGAUCUUUUCUGAUCAUUCCCCCCUGCAGUGGUUGAAGUCCCAGGGAGAGUUGAAUGACAAACUGGCACGCUACAUUCAGUUCAUUGAUCUGUUUGGCUUUGAACUGAAACAUAAGAAGGGCUGCUACAACAAGGAUCCGACUUAUGGACCCGUCGUCAGGAAUCUGCAAGCAGAUCCUAAUUCUGAGCCUCGCUAUGCCCUGAGUUCAGAUCUGUUGUACACUUACAGCAGAGGAGAGGAGCGCUUGUGCAUCCCUGAGGAUCAGCAGUUGAGGACACUGCUGAUGUCAGAGUGCCACGAUGCGCGUGGACACUUUGGGUUCUUAAAGUCAUAUGCAGCCCUGUCGCAGCGCUUCUUCUGGAAGGAGAUGCGGAGUGAUAUGCUGCGCUAUGUGGACACCUGUGAGCUCUGCCAAAGGAACAAGGUUCAACGUAAACCUCCUUUGGGAUUGCUCAAACCUUUGCCCAUACCUGAUGGUCCUGCCCAGUCUGUAUCCAUUGAUUUUACAGACUUAGGCAAGACUACCCCUCGUGGCAUGCGUCAGGUCAUGGUCUGCGUGGACAGGUUUUCCAAAUACGUAGAGUUCAUCCCCUUGCCAGAGGUAGCUAGGGUACCGGCUGUGAGAGCAACCUUUUCUGAGAGGUGGGUCACACACCAUGGACCGCCCACCUCUAUUGUGAGUGAUCGAGACACCAGAUUCUGCAGCGAUGAGUGGCAGUCCUACUGCAAGGACUAUCUGCACUCACGCCUGGACAUGACUUCUGGUCGUCAUCCUGAAGCCAGUGGAUUGGCUGAAGUGAUGAACCAGGUAGCACAACUUCCUGAAACCACAACUUACGCCAUGAAGAUUGUGAGGCGCAAGAAGCUGGUGUUAGAAAGGUUGCAUUUGGCCCCUGCAGAUGCGGGGACAGGAGGACUUGCAGAUGGGCACCAGACACAAAGUGCAUCAGGGUCAAAGAGUGCUGCCAGGCUGCUUUGUGGGAGACCUGAGUCUUCUUCACCUCUGGACUUCUGAGGAAUCCGACAACGGCACCACCUCUCAGCAAAGACAGAUGCUCUCUCUCUCUCUCUCUCUCUCUCUCUCUCUCUCUCUCUCUCUCUCUCUCUCUUUGACUCCAUGGGGGGGGGUUGCCGUCAGGCUUUGCACCUCACAGGGGUGUUGGAGGGGUGGGGUGGGGAGAACAAGGGAAGCAAGGUUCUAAAAUGGCAAGCAGACUGUGUGCCCUUCCCUGUUCCCCCACUCAGGGGACCCCUCAACGCUGACCUGCUCCAUCUUGCCUUGUGUAACAUAGACGAAAUAGGAUGUGUAUUCCCCCAAAUCAACGGACUAUGCUUGACGUUUAUGCACUGCACUGCCGUCCUCCCCCGAACAUAACACACCCUGAUGACGAGUGUAUAUAAAGUUUCGCUUCCAGUACAGUACAGCCAUAACGAGGGUGCGAUGUGUUCGUGGGAAGACGGCAGGUGGUGGCAAGGCAAUGGCCGUUGAUUCAGAAGUUCAUCUCAUAUUCUAGGGUGAUGGGCUGUACUUCGGGCGGUAAUGUUUUUUUUUUUUUUUUUUAACAAACAACUCAAGCACCC